CUUGAACUAAGAUGAAGGUCAUCCUGUCGGAGAAAGAUGCGCAAUGUUCGCUUGUGCACGCUUUCAGUGGUGUGCUCUGUUUUCCCACAGUCGUUUUUACUUUUCAGCUUCCCAUGCAAUCAAGUACGUCCGGGUUGCUUACUUUUCAUUUCUUUACUUAGCCUACAACCCGUUGGGCAGCUUCAGAGCCCGUCUGAUUCGCCUUACGAACCCGGACAAUUGUUUCUCCACAAACAUUUCGGAUAUCGCGGAGUUGUCUUGCAGUCUUGGCCUGCUAAACUCUUUGAUCGAAAUGUUUUAUCUUUAAGAGCGACGGAACUCAAAACCCAUGAAUACAAAAAGGCAGAUGGCUCAAAUGUUAACGUAUACCAAGUCCUCACUGACCAACGUGACACUGACUUGUGUGUAAGAAGAGAUUCGAACGUAGUUUUCUCAUACUUAAAUUCAGGAAUGGAUUAUGUAUUCCAUGAUGAUAUCAUUCCAUACGUUUCCAACGACCCCAUUCCAAUCAAGAAUGAAUAUCUCCAAGAGUUUUUGAUAUGGACCGCUGACAGAGACCCUCCCCUGGUUCCGACGGACAAUCUCCGACGAUGGAUUGAGACACGUAGACAAAGCCUUGAAGUAACAACCGUACACCGGGAAGUUACCGAGGGAAUCCGAACAACCACCAUUCCCUUCUUCAUGGGUCGAAGACUAGUUGGCGUGACGUGCGCUGGAGCCCUUUUCACCAUAAUGGUGUCUGUUUACUGCCCUUCUCCAAUUCCCCUUUUUCUUCUUCAUUUUUCCAUACAGGACAAAAACGACAAACACAUCCGAUACUGGCGUUACCUUAUCCGCCUGGAAAAUUUCACCUCAGAGCGUGUACAACUUCGCGAACGUUUCUGGAAAGUGUUCUCCAUCACUGGCAGUCUGGAGUCGGUUCGAGGCAAGGGUGUGGUGGGCAUGCAACCAGUCCUUUCGGAGGAAAGUCCCGUUUUUCAGUAUCACAGUCAUGUUCAAGUUCCCGUUCCUUGGGCCCACAUGUGGGGGUCUUUCCGCUUUGAGCGUCCCAAUGGGUCUACAAUGGAUGCCAAGAUUCCUUCGUUUCCUCUCUGCGACCGCGCCUAUUGGUCCAACAGCGAGGAGCACUCGAUGGAAUAGUUUUUGUGUCAAAAUGCCCCAUCACCUGCCCUGUACAUAGUCAGCCUCCCUUUCACUCCACCGGGAGCACUUGAUUUCCCGGUUUUCACCUGCUUACUCUAAUCAGUUGUUCGUCAGUUUGAAGACUUUUUAUGGCCAUUAUUUUCAAUUUUGGAUUUUCACUUCCGGUUGCUGUUUUCUUCAUCCUCACGGUAACCAUGUAAUCACAGCUGUUACCUAAUUGUUUACCCCAGUAAAUUCCGAUUGCUC